AUGGUUGAACUCGUUAUGUAUUGCAGCGUGUCCACGAACUACGCAGAACGGCUGCUGACGACAAACGCGAUCGUGAGCUCGACAGGGGAGGUGGCCCUGCUCACGGCUGCGAACUUCCGCUCUACUUGCGACGUGGACGUCUCCUCCUUCCCGUUCGACAUCCAGAAUUGCACGAUGCGCUUCGGAUCCUGGAGCUACGACAUGACCAUGGUUACUCGCUCGCUCCUUUUCUGCCUCCCUGACUACAUUUUCUUGUAUACGAACGGUUCACCUCAAUUGCUUGUCACCAGACGAAAUCCAGUUGGUAAAAAGAAAGAGACGUUUCAGAUUCAAUUGGAAUUGGACCACAACAAAACGUUGGAGCUGCUGACAUAUACCCAGAACGAGGAGUUCAUACUCGAAUCUUACGAGGCAGGAAAGGGGCUGGUACUCGAUGCGUGUUGUCCGAAACCCUUCUCCAUUGUGGAAUAUGUCAUUCGGAUCAAGCGACGCUCUGCUUUCUUCGUCGUCAGCUAUGUCCUCCCGAUGGUGGUCAUCAACAUCAUCGGUAUGAUGUCAUUCUCUCCUUCGUUCCUGAUGCCGAGUGAGAGCGGAGAGAAAGUGACGCUGGGGAUCUCCGCCAUGCUCACAACAAUCGUUUUCCUCAUGACCAUCCGCGACAUCCUCCCGCCCACCGAAAACAUGCCUCUCAUAGGGAAAUACUACUGUGCCAGCAUCUGCCUAGUGUCAUUGGAAGUGGUGUUGAGCAUCUUCACCCUAUACCUUCAUCACUUGAAGGACAUCCGGGUAUCCCUUCGGAUUCAGAACGUGUGUCGGUUGUUGGCCAAACUGACGUGCAUGCAGCAGCCAAAUUUCCGGACCGUGAUUGUGGGAGCGUGUGAGAACGAGAAAGGGAAAAAGGAAUUUUCGGACGGGAUAUCAAUUCCUUCUCUCUUCGGUGCAAAGAUGAAAUCGAGUAGACGCCAUGCUUGGAAGGGGCCAGUUGUACCCAUAAGCAAUGAACCGAUAUCUGAAUGGGAUUUGACUCUGAGGGGGGUUCCAUUACUGACGGAAAGUCAAGAGAAACGGGAAUGGGAGAGGGAAAUGUGGAUCAGCCGAUGCUAUCGUCAGGUGGACAUGGAGAACUGGAGAAUCGUUUCUUGCAUCAUGGAUCGUUUCUUUCUCUAUCUCUUUGCUCUCCUCAACUUUGCAGUCACGAUUGGGAUUCUCUUUUCGUCCCCUCGUAAUGGAUAG